CAAAAAGAUAUCCCAAGAAAUAACUCCAGUUGUAAUCGAAGAUGAUAAUGCAAAUUCUAACGAUGGUACUGGUAGUGACGAUGGAAAUGUAAGUUUUGAACAAAUGAAAUCUGGGUGAAAUAGUUUGCCAAAAAAUCGGUCAAAAGAAAAACACUUAAGCUAACAAGACUUGUUUGGAUUAUGUUACUGUAGGGUUUACUAUUAAAUGUGACGCCUAAGUGAGUAUAAACAAUGGCCAGUGCUUCUGCAGAAAACGUAGGAAAACACAAAUCAGGUGGUACAAGUUGUUGUAUGAUUGGAUGCGACAACAACCACAAGAAAUUGAAUGAAUGGAAAACAUCAAUUUGUGAGGAACAUGGAUCCCAAAUACACAAUGACUGUACCUGUUUACUGCCAUUUAGUUUCUAUAUCUUGCCGUCGGCGGAUGAGAUGCGACUGGAAUGGAUAAAAGCUAUAAACCGUGAAACCUUGCCUAAACAUGUGUAUGUGUGCUCAGAGCAUUUUGUUGAAGGCAAACCUACUAGAGAAAAUCCAUACCCAGCUCUGAACUUGGGUUAUGAGACCGUCACAAAGCAGCUCCGUAUGCUGACAUUUGCUAAUCCAGGAAAGUUUAUGGAUAACUUUGAUCCUGAGAGGAGUGCCAGAGAGAUGAGGAAAAUGAACAGAAGGAUAUACAGAGAGAAUAUCCGUAAGAACCAGCUGUAUGACGAGACAGGAGUGCUGCUGGACAACAGCCUGGAUCUCUGUGACUGUCUGGACAUGGAGUGUGAGGGCUGCCACUUCCCCUGUCCCAAGUGUGGCUCGGAGAAGUGUGGCACAGAGUGUCGGUGUUGUCGAAAGUGGUUCUACGAACAUGUGGAAGUAGAAGGCACUAACCUAACCUUAAAAUGGCCUAUACCAACACAGAUUCCCACCUCAACAAGCUAGCACCCAAGGGUGUAUGUUAACAUCUCAUAUCUAUAUACAUGGUGCCUGUUAUCAUACAUGAUACCCUGGUAGUUUUAAUGAAUGUUUAUUAGGUUAAACAUGGUACACAUUGCAAACAACAAAAUAGUGCAUAAACAAAAACUUCAGCUUUCACUCCAUGUGAAUCCCCACACUCUCUUUUUGUUGUUGAAUUCAUUUUCACAUACAUUAUUAUGUACUGUUAAUUUCAUCUUUCACAAAACAAAUGCUUAUAUUUUAAGUAAGAUAUGUAUUCAGGGCUAGAAAGUAAGGGUAGCCCCAUAGUCUGAAACUAGUGAAAUCUCAAGCUGGACUAGUGGUACUAUAAACCGCUAGCCCGAUUGUCUUGUCAAAAUUUGAUAGUGCUUACUUAGUCUCUUGUUGAACAAUAUAGUUAGUAGAAUUUGCUCAUAAACAAUUAAAGAUUGGAAACUAUACCACCCAAAUGGACUAGUGGUAGUUUAAAUUAAUCUCUAGCCCAGAUAAUUAAUAUUUUGUAUCGUGAUUUAAAGUGGGGAAGGGGUGACAACAGCUAUAGUUAACUGUGGCGAAUAUUUCUCAGUAAACCAUAAUGUAUAAUAUGCAAUAUUCUAAUAAACAAAUUUAUACUGGAUGGCACGAAACUAGACUUUUACUUAUUGUCAGUUAGGUUAUUUUCCAUAUUUGUAGCACUUAGUUUUUAAUAGUUUUUAACUUACAUGAGGGAAUGUACAAAUUGUAAAUGGGACACCUGUUUGUUACAAAGGACUAUAGUGUCUGGUUAUGCACUUGUCACUUGUGUUACCACGGUAACUGUAAAACUUCACCAACAAGACCAGUUUAAGCCAGUAGAUAUGGUUUUAAGCCAGUAGAUAUGGUUUUAAGCCAGUAGAUAUGGUUUUAUAAGGAGUGGGACCAUUAGUUACUGUUAAAUCUCAUCUGGAAUGGAAAUUUCCAGAUUAAUGUGUACAGUUAUUGUGGUGCAAAUAGGUUCUGAAUAAUGAUUGUCUGGUUUCAGGAGCCCGAGUUAAAAUAGUUUGACUAUUAGGUUUACUCCAGAGAAGCUAUCUGUACAUUCAGUGUUGGUUACGUGUAACAUGUCCUGUUUAUUACCUACAUCUAAACAAUGCCCGAGAUUUGGUUCUCGUUGACUACUGUGUAGUACUAGUACUCUCAUUACCAAGGUCCAACUGUUCAAUCAUGAUGCAAUGAUAGCUAUGUAGUGUUUUGUUCUAGAGAUUUAAAUUAGGUUGAAAACUACUAGUAAUAGAGUAUGUCUGACAGAGUUGUCUAACUUACGAUGAUAAUGUUAUAACUGAUAUUAAGUUUAUCUGUUGAUUUGUCUCUUCAAUGAUGCUGUUUAAUGAAUGAUGGUAGUUUAGGUGUAAAUAUCCAGUCACUGGGGAAUCUAUGAUCAAUGAUGUUGACUAGAAACAAAUAUUGCAUAGUUGGAAACAUGUGAAAAUGACAAGCUGUGUGUAUUGUGAAGGUAAAGAAUACUUGCUGGGUGUGUUUUGUAUGUGAAGAAACUGAUAACUUGUGUGUAGUUGGUAUAUUGAUGUUGUAGAUGCUACCUGAUGUCCAACCACAACAUUAACAGAUGCCUUAAAUAAAAUAUGUAAUUA